AAAUUUUUUUUUUCCAACCCACCCUAACACAUAUAAUUUUAGUGGCCCCUAGAUGGAUUAUAAUUCGUAACGCGUUAGAUGCAGAGUACGAAUGAGCGAAACUUCGUAAAAAAUCGCCUCCCAAUCGGGGUAUAGACUGCGAUAUUUCAGCUCGCUCACCGAGGCACAUACCUGAAUCCAUACCCGAUUUAAGUGUAUUUACUUUGCUCGCGUGGAAACGGUACAUAAUUGAGUUACAGCUUCGGGACGAAAUAUGGCUUCGAUAAUUCGAUUACCACCUAAUAGCAUAAAACGAGAUUCGGAUAUCGCUGGUACGAAGUGACUUUUAGUCCAGAGAAAUCUAUCGUUCAAGUCCGUGUUCGCGUCUCUUAUCGUGCAGUUCGAACCGGUAUAUUUUUUAGUGAUAGUAAUUAAUACCUCGAUAUUCUUGAUAUCGUAAUUUCUGUCCGCCCGUCCGCAAACGCACUCGAUUCGACAGAUUUCAUAGGAUCCCUCACGAAACCUCUUCGACCCAUUUGCCCCUCGGUGCGAUCUCCGAUACUCGAAGGGGCUGUUCAAGCAUUGCGGCGGUAACGCUAUAAACACACACUUGAGCCAAUACACUGCGAAGACGAGAGUACACGAUAAAAUAAUGGAAAGCUGCACGGGGACAAUAGCUGAGAAAGUGUGCAACUCAAACAGCGAUGGUAAGGCGGACGGUUCGAAUUGCAAUUUGAAAAAAUUAAAGAACGCAAGCUACGCUGUCGGUUCGGAAAAUUCUGUCGGGUUAGAGACUUCGGACGUUGCGUAUCUCCUGCCGUCGACGAAGCAAUCGAAAGGAAGUAAAUCUCCGGCCGGAAAGUCAAAGCGAAAGUCGCGAUCGACUCGUCGGCGAUUGAACGCGUUGACGAACAAUACGUCGCUGCAUUUUUCGGACACCGAUUCGGAGGGUGAAUUGGUGCUGAUAAACCCCCGCGCCAACAACGUCAUACCAACGUCCGAGGUAGGAACGUGGCGACGCGGCGAUUUGCCCAAUCCGACGAUAUCCGUUACGGCUGACGAGGUCGAGGGUCGCGCAGGAGACGAAGCUGAUACCGGCGCCGGAGAAGGUGGUACCGGUCUCUACGAUUUCCAUAGGUCCGAACGCACGACUCCCAACCACAGCCGGAGGCAGAGCUACGUCGAGAACUUGACGGACUGCGAUGAAAUAUUCAGCAGCGAUCAAGAGGAUGGCGAGGAUAAUGACGGGGCCAAGCUAACGGUAAGGGAGAAACGGUACAGUCUAGGUGGUCACCCCCGCGAAACCGAUUACGAAGAUUUUUCGAACGACGAGGAGGACGCCGACGGGGAGGCUAUGGUGGCUGGAGGACCGAUUUACGUGCCCGUAGUACACGCCAACAUGUUCGCCGAUUACAACGGCGAGACGAUAACAACGAAGGAAGGUGACGGUCCGUUCUCCAUUGAAGUCCGGAACCAGUUGUCCUUCGACGAGGGUGCCGUCGGCCCUUAUCGCGGUACUUUUGACGAGACGAAUCCGGACCCGUCGAACCAACAGACCGGAACGGACAGCGAGGACAUGGACGCCUCCGACGAGGAAAACGUCCCCGAAGACGGCGGGCGUCGCGCUUUCGACGAAAUAUUCCAAGACCUCGAUGUUGCGGGUACUUCGCAGGUUGUUGAAAACCUCAACAAAUCGGACGAGCCCCGACACUUCCUGACCGUCGGUACACCGGUCGACGACGGUUCGAUCGAUGGACACACCGACGUGGAAGACAUCGAGUGAUUCUUGUCGUUGUCAGCGGUCGUUUCGCGUACAAGAUUUCCACACGUAUAGAUCUGCAUUCGGAUUUCAGGAUCCACGGGGCGAGAGAGGGUGCUUCCUAUUGCACUAAUUUAUCCAUACACUUGGCACUUAUUACCGAAACAAUGUACACUUAUAGUAUAUAAUAUUGGCGACGUAAGAUUUCAAAGAGUAGCGGCGAGCGGCGGGGUCGCGGGAAUUCGCGUCGACGGAUACGCGAAAUAGACCAAGCGACGCGACGUAUCGAUAGGAAUUCCAGGUAGACACACAAACACACCCGUUGACCCGUCCGUACGCAUAUCGACGAAUACGUACGUAGAAUAUUCGGAUACCUCGAAUAAUGUUGACUCGAAACGCGUUGAAUUCAAUUGUUAAUCGACUAUCGUUGUGUAAUAUAAUUCGUUCGAAGGGUGAUCGUAAUUUAUGUGAUACGCAUUACAUGUAUAACGCAAUGUAUACGCCCAUGUAUGCGAUGAUAUAAUAAAAAGAAAUAAUAUGAGGAAUAA